CUUCAUUAUUUCAUCUCUUCUUGUGAGCAGGUAUAUAAAGUAUUGGUUCUAUUGGAAAAGAUUCCAUUUUCAUACUUAGUCCCUUGUUUGGGCAAAAGGAUUGAGUACAAGUUUUCUACUUGUUGUGUAGCGGUUUAUUUCAUCUUCUUGUAAAGUGUAUACUCCAACUUGUUUAUGUCUUUACAUUUAGCAGUCUCUUUACGGCUGCAAUAACUAACAAGUGACGGUUUUACCACUUACUGUACAAAACCAAAGAGCUAUUGCAAAAGGUAUGCACCAGUUCUGCUCCCUUAAAUAUGUUCCAAGCUUCUUAUAGACUACUUGCUUCCAACCUGCGAAACAAAAGUAUUCGUUUUGGAAGAACCCGAAACAAGCUUAUUCGUUUGUUAUCUUCCUUCGGAGCCAUUUGGAAGCUAAACAAUGGAGUCCAGCAGUCCAAGGAAAGCAGAAAGAAGAAUUGCCCCAAAUGUCUUUUUUAUGGAUACUUUGACGGAAAGGCAAAAAGUAUUUUAUGAUCGAAUCGAAGCAGGAAAAAUUUUGGCGCAGUGGCUGCAACAAGACUGGAAAGUGGCAUCGUUGCCUACCCGCGAUGGUGUCCAUUUGGAUGCCGUGGUAUUUGGUAUUCCCUCAGGUGGAAUUCCUGUGGCAGCAACCAUAGCAAAACAACUCAAGUUGCCACUACAAGUUGCUGUAGUGAGCAAAAUAUUAUUGCCGUGGAAUACGGAAGUUGGUUGUGGCGCUGUCAGUUUUCGACAAACGGUCAGGUGGAAUGAACCUUUUCUUCACUCCGUUGGUUUAUCUAAAGAACGGUUACAGAAGCAACUGGAAGAAGCUAUAACCAAAGUGAGUCGAAGAACAAAAGCAUUUGGAGAUCCACCUACGAUACUUGUCGGAGAGGAAAACAAAGUGGUCAUAUUGGUAGAUGAUGGUUUGGCUUCAGGAUGGACGAUGACUUUAGCCAUAGAAGAAUUUCGCAAAAUGGGAGCUAAGAAUAUUGUGGUAGUUGUACCAACGAGUUCCUAUGAUGUUAUUUUGAAAAUAGCUGAAGUAGCUGAUGCCGUUUAUUGUGCAAACAUUCGACAUGGAAGUAGUUUUGCAGUGGCUGCAGCUUAUGAAAACUGGUAUGACGAAAAAGAAGAGGAGAUGGUGCAACUCAUUCGUUCAUGGAACAAUAAGUAGUCAUAUUGCAUUUCUCAUUCCAGAAUAAUAUGGAAAGAGUGACUUGGGUAUUAUUAGUUGGGUUCUGAAGCUAGUGGCCUACUAGUCAUGGUAGCUUUUUUCAAGUUUCUGUGAUACUCAGCUUAAGGAAAACUAAUCGUAUUCUUCUCUCCCUAGUCAAUGUUGUAAUUACCUGGCUCGAAUAAAAGUCACUAUAAACAAAUCCAAAAAGAAUAAAGUAAGUAUCUUUGUUGAGAACGAAAGGAAAGAAAAACCCGUACGAGCAAUAGCAGAAAAAGUCUUGGAGCUGUUCCAUCCAACGAACGUUCACUGGAGUAUCAAACAGAACAAGUGUUGCAGUCUUUAAAGAGAAGCGAAGAGAGGCAAAGGAUUUCAGCACAUCGUUCAAAUAGUUGCCGGAACUGUUCGUGCUUUUACAGCUUCUUGAGGUCGUUUGCAAGUCCCUGUUGAUAUUCAACGGAAGAUAUGUAACUAUAUGGAAGUCUUGUGUGAAGUUUCCUUCAGGAUUGGUGUUGCAGUUGCUUUGAAAGUCUUUUAUGUUGAAGAAUUGAUAAAGGAGGAUAUUAAAGUGGUAUUACAGCGGAAGCAAAGGACAGGGAGGAAAGAUUGCUAGGACUAGUGCUUCUGCAUUGAUUGAGUGGUUGGAGAAUGCUGAAUCUUCGGUUUGAUUGCAGUAUUAGAAAAUAUUGAGU